AUGUGCUGCCCGACUUCUUGCUCUACACGAUCUUUUGGAGACUACGGGGGAUCAUUUCUGACUGGUGGCAAAAGGGUUGCUGGAAAAAUGACAUGGAUUGAUGGGACGCCUCUCGAUUACGAGCAAACGAUCUGCGAGGAUUCUCGUGAUUCGGACAUUUUAAUGAUCGGGGACGCCACCUGUACAGCUUGUGGGCCGAUUGAGGAGGGGAAUUGGAAUAUAGUCAGCACAGUCAACAUCUAUAUUGGGAUUUUUGGCGAGUUCGAUGCCAACGAUUUUCGUUUUGCUUUCACCAAAGUACUCGGCGAAUGUCCAGAUUUUAGAAGUCUACCUCCAAACGCACAUGGCACGAUGACCGCCGAUAACGAGGCAGCCAGAGAAGAGGCACGAUUCAUCUUGCAAAUGCACCAAAUAGAGUGCGGUCCCGGUCACGAGUUCCUUUUGUGCAUUCCUGAUUCGGCCGCAAACGAUUUGACACCUCGUCCUAUUCCCGAAGGGUUCACUCUCGGUCCACUGAGAGCCGAAGAUGUCGACUUUGUUUUGCAUCAUUGGCCUUACGCAGCCUCGGACGAAGCAGAAGCCUUAAAAUCUCAAUCUCAAUCAGAUCUCCUCUCAAUCUCUAAGCUUUACAUUUUUGAUUUCCGGUAUCGCCUUUCGCGGCUCGCCAGUGCGGCACUGAUUGACAAGAGGACAAAUUUGCCGGCUUGUUUUCUCUUUCUUGAGCACAACGGAAUGCUCACCAGUAUGUAUACCGUCGAACAGUAUCGAGGCCGCAAAUUUCAGGACAUUGUCUUUACCGAUGUGCUCGCUCAAUGCCAUUCGAUGGGCGUCCAUCCGUGGCUAGGUAUCUCGCCGAGUAACAAGCCACUACUUACCAUGACGCCCGACGUGAUGAAGGUUCGAACCCCGACCGGAGGUCACCAAAAAGCGUUCAUGUUUUUCACGAAACUUGGAUCUGCUCAUCUAAAACAAUCACCAAUCGUCUUACAAGGCAAUAAACUC